AUGCAGCUAACACGCAUAUUAACAAUUGUAUUUUUUCUUGGUCUUUUCUUAACUAUUGUCCUAUCGGAUUUAACACAAUUGGACAUAAACAAUAAUGAUCACGAUUUAAGCAAUGACAAUCAUAUUAUAUCGGAACGAAGUAUUUUUGGUCAUAAACAUCAUCGUAAUCGACAACCACGUCAAUGUGUUCGCUGUAAAUUUAGUCUUGUUCGUUGUUGUUUACCAAAUAUUUGUGUUAAAAGACAUUUUCGAACAGAUAAAUGUCUUCGUAUAAAAACAUAA